GGUGCGCUCACGUGUUGAACAUGGAUGCGCUGAAAAGCGAAUGCUGGUUUCGGUGCGAGCAGUCGCAGCCAACCUCCACUCACAUCGAUUUGCGAGACUUGGAAUCAUACGUGGCGAGAGGCCGGGCAAGUACCUCUUCGGCUGAGCUGUCAAAUGGACGUCAGAUUGUGUCUGUCAGUGUGAAGGAUGCUUCCCAGGGCGAUGUGAACAGUCUGCCAUGCGGUGCGCGAUCGUUACUGAUCGAGGAGGGCACCGGCGCAAUCGUGUGCCGCGGCAUCAACAAAUUCUUCGACAUCAGCGAGGUGAGCGACGCGUGGCUGAGUGAUCCGGCUUUGUGGGCAAAUAGUGUGAACCUCGUGUGGGCGGUGCGGAAGAUGGCGGGCUUUGUUGUCACGGUGUUUUCUCUCGAUGGGAUUCACUUGGAAGUGAUGAGCAAGCAUGUGUUGGCCGGCCCGCACGUUGACGCAGCCCACCAGCUGCUCGCGAAGCUGGACAACGCGCGGCGUGCUCUGAUGGCGUCCGACUUGUUUUCCUGGGGCGCUUGCGCGUCGUUUGAGUGUAUCUGGCGCGCAGAGGAUCAUCAGCACCCGGUGCUUGAAGCGGAUGUUUUUGAUGCUCAGUUGGUGCUGAUUGCAGUGCUCAAGCGAACGCAGCUGCGAGAGGAGAGCGUCGGUUUUGCCGCGAUGGCGACGAUCGCGGCAAAGUGGAGCGUGCGAAGUGCGCCUGCAGUCGUACUGCAGAACAGCGCAGCGCUGCACGACGUGAUGGCAGCUGCCGAAACGUGGAAGAGCGUCUACCCGCUCUUCACAGAGUGUCCCAUACUGGCCGAAGGUUUCGUGGUGUUAAUUGAAGUCGCUGCAGGCCAGGCGGGGCGCCCACACGCCGAAUCGCUGCCGUGGUGCUGCCCCAUUCGCUUAAAGUUGAAGACGCCCAAGUACGUUGUCCUGCGCGCAUUUCGCUCACUCGUGAUGGGCGACUCAAAUCCACCGAUGUACCUCUAUCACCAGGGAUUCCUGGGCUGGCUGACGGCGAACACGGCAGUUGAAGAAAUACGCACGAUGAUGGCAGACGUUGGUGUCUCGCGGCUCAGCGAUCAGUUUGAGGCCGCCUUGCACGCGAAGGCGCGUACACGUUACCGCGACGCGAGCGAGACCGUUGGCCGCGCUCUCGCACAGCUGCAAGACAUCUCAGCACGUGCAGCGAAUCCGCGCGGCCACUGUCGCCUCUUCGUCCUCGUUCUUUGUGGAUUGCCAGGGGCCGGCAAAACAACCGUUUCAAAGGCGUUGCUGAAGAUGUUUUCAGCGGACUCGACCAACUCCUCCCUGCAUUUUAUGGUGCAUGUAAGCCGCGACGCCGUGAGCCGCGACGUGGGGCUGAAGCACGGCAUCGACGAUAACAGCAGCAAACACAAGCAGAGGCGGCUGCGCGCGCUGGUUCACCAGGAGCUGUGCGACGAGAUGCGUGAUGUAGCGCGCCUCUCCCAGGAAGGACAGCUUAGCGGUCUUCUCGUGUUUGACGCGUGUAACGCCACGCGAGCGAGUCGGCAGGCGUGGCGGCGGUGCUUCCCAUCCUCGCUUGAGGGCUACCAAAUCGUGUACGUGGACUGCCCCGAUGCAUCGAUCAGCGCGCAGCGAGCUGCAGACCGCGACGACCAUGAAGUGCUGCACAACGCUGCGGAGGCCCAGCACGCUCUGUACACGGUGCGCAAGAAAUUCCAGCCGCCUACAGCGGAGGAGGCGUGCUGGUACGUGGACACCAACACGCACGCAGCGGAGGCGGCGGCCUUUGAAAUCCAACGGCGUCUCAUCCAGCAGCUAACGGCGCGUCAAGAGAGGGAAGGGAGCAUCGCAGGUCGGCCUUCCGCUUCCACGGUCGGGCCGCCUCCUGCGAUGACGGUGGCAUCUGUCCGAGCGCAGUUGCAGCAGAGCCACGCCACGCUGCUGCAGAGUCUACUUGGCGUGCCGGAAAGCACCGCCGCGCAGCUGAAGGAUGUCGCGUCGUUCUUGGCAUUGAAAAGGAAAGCGAAAUUCUGCUCCUUGCAGGUGCGGUUGUGCUGCUCCGCGAAGUCGUUGCGGGCGAUAGCGGCGGACGUGCUGUUUGCCGCGCUUUGCCCCUCGCUGCGUGCUACCGAAGCACCAGCGAGUUCGCUGGUUACCGCGGGUCGCCGCCUCGUGCGCCAAGUGGCAGCAGCUCUGUGGGGCAACGCGUCGUCUGCUGCGGAGUCGACCGGAGUUGCGGGUACGAUUGCCCGGGGGCACCUGAAGUGGCUACGCGGCUGGCUUCUGCACGGGAAAGCCGUGAAGGCACCGUCGGAUAUUGCGGCGGCGCUGCAGGAACGCUUUGAAGGAGAAGCAUCCCGUCCACACGUGACGCUGCUGCAUGGUGGUGCGACGACUGCGUCGUCCGUGGAGGAUGCGAUGCACAAGUACCUCGCUGCGGAGGGGUUUGAAGCCGGUGAGGAAGUUGUGGUACGUGUGAAGUCGUUGCUGCUGGAUCGGCACGCCAUCUGCUUCGGUGUUGCGUUGAGUAGCGGUCAGGCGCUCCAAGGAGUCGCCGCACCAGCGGCAAAAAGGAAACCCGUUCCUCUUCACAUCACCGUCGCCACGGUGGAUGGCACUGCCGCUGUCCACGCCGGAGACAUGUUUGCGUCGUUUGAGAGGUGGGAAAGCGAAAACGCAGUGCUGCUGGCGAGGCAGCAGACGCCACAGCAGCAGGUGAAUCGAAGCCAGCAUAAAUUCCACAACUUCGUCGAGUUUCAGCUGAUCACGGAGGUGGAGUUGCAAGGAGUUGUUGAGCUGCACCUGCAGUGA